CUCGCGCUAAUAUUUUCAGUUUCAUUUUAAAGAAAAUUAAUUCCAAAUUCCUUUGAUCCCUGGAUUUUGGAAUAUUCAAUUUAAAUUUCCUCUCUAAAUAUUCCUUGUUAAUUAUUUGUUUCAAUAAUCAAAAUCUUCAAAUCAAAUCUUCUCACUCUGAUUUGUUUUAUUUACCACAUAGAUCAAAAAAUGGAGAAAAACAUUAGCUGUUCUUUCUCCGAUUUGUCUUCAAAUCUCGGAAUCUCUUGCUUCAUCGCCUUCAUCACAAUCAUCUUAGUCCGAGUUAUUUAUGUAAUUUAUCGAACCGGCAAGCCGCUAAGUAAAAGAUCUCCGCAGGCUCUCAGCACUCUCAUUGUUUUAGGUUCAGGAGGGCACACGGCGGAGAUGAUUAAUCUCUUGUUAGUUUUGCAAAAGGAUCGAUUUACGCCGAGGUUUUUUAUCGCGGCUGCUACUGAUAAUAUGAGUAUUCAGAAAGCUCGCGUGUUGGAGAGUUCCUGGGCUGAUUCGCAGAGUGGAGUCAAGGGAAUCUCUGCAGAGUUUAUGCAAAUCUAUAGAAGCAGGGAAGUUGGUCAGUCAUAUAUAACCUCUGUUUGGACAACUUUAGUUGCCAUGGUUCAUGCAUUGUGGCUGAUGAUUAAAAUCAGACCUCAAGUGGUUCUUUGCAAUGGCCCUGGUACUUGUUUUCCUCUAUGUGUGAUUGCCUUCAUUUUCAAGGUGAUUGGGAUUAGAUGGUCAUCCAUAUUUUAUGUUGAGAGCAUUGCAAGAGUAAAAAGACUCUCUUUAAGUGGUCUGUUGCUUUAUAAGCUACGGAUUGCAGAUCAGUUCUUUGUGCAAUGGCCACAACUUCAUAGAAAAUACCCUCGAGCUCAUUAUGUUGGUUGCUUGAUGUAGUGAAUUGAGUCUGCUGCUGAUGAUUACUCGUACUUAACCGUAUAGGUUCUCUUUUCUUUUUCCUUUUCAGACAAAUAUUGUAUUCUGCAUUCUAAAGUUUCUCUUCACUUCCUCUUGAUUAGGAUUUAGUAUUUCCUGGUUGGGUUGGAUUGUUUACUGCAACAUGAUCUAACAUGGACCAUAAUAUUUGGCCAAAAGGAAAAAGUGAUAGAAUGUGAUAUGAUUGUCUUGAA